AUGUGGUUUGGUGCAAUUGGACAAGGCAAAAAAACUUUCAACCAUCAUGAAUGUUGGGAGGUGGUGAAAAAUUGCACACGCUUCAGAAUUAUUCCCACGGGUCCUCCCAUUCUAUUAAACGAGACGUCAUUCCAUGAUUCAACGACAUCGGAUUCAAUUCUCAAUUUCCCUGUGAGUCAAGACUCGCCUAUCGAAAAGGAGCCGAAGCCCAUUGGCCGAAAGGCUGCGAAGGGGAAGAAAUGGAGUAAUUCUAGCACUAAUACAUCAAAAAAUUUAGAGGAACUUGCAAGGCAGAGUGCCAUAAGAAUUGAAAUUGAGAAGAAACACCAAGAGAAUGAGAUGGCAAUUCGAGUAGAAUAUGUACAAGAAAGGGAGUAUUCGCACAAACAACACAUUGAGAAGACGGAUUGGGAAACCAUGGUCAUGGAUACAAGUCAUAUGUCCCCUGAAACAAAACAAUUUUGGAAGCUAGAACGAAUGGAUGUUAUGAGAAGAAGACUUUUUCGUGACGAUGGACCUAGCAACACGGAUUGGUUAAAUGAUCAAAAUCAUUAA